AUGAUAUUUUAAUCUCAUUGGCUGGAGAUGACAACUCUUUCAGGAACGAGGGGCGCAACCUUAUGGAACCCUGUUAUGGAAGAUUAUGAACAACCCUAUUUGGCUUAUGGUGACGUUUCCAAUUCUUCUAUGGAAACUUUAGAGUUAAGUGAGUUUCUGCCGCCUCAAAGAAGUUCAAGCGGUCGGCUUUCAAAUUUCUUUCGGUUUUUCAGAAAACGUCGAUUGCACAGGACACAAGUUGCUGGAGAUUUUCAGUUUGCUACUGCAGCACAACGAGAAAAUCCAUUUCGUCAACCUUUUAGACUUUAUAUCUUAACCAUAUUCGCUGCAUUGGGUGCUUUUAUCGUAGGAAUGGAUAUUUCUCUCGUUAGUGGUGCUCAAAUAUUCUACAAUACACAGUUUGGGUUAAAUACCAACUAUCAAGGCCUUACUGCAUCAGGAACUUUAAUUGGUGCUUUAUUUGGAUCUAUUUUGUCGAUAUUUGCUAAUAAUGCUUUUGGAAGACGAGGAACCAUCUUCUUUGCUUCCAUGAUUUCCAUUGGUGGAGCUUUAUGGGAAGCCUUGGCUCCUUCUUGGCCAAUGUUGUUACUUGGAAGGUUCAUUGUAGGUAUAGCCAUGGGAAUGUUAUCGUGCACGGUUCCCGUUUUCUUAGCUGAAACAACUCCUGCUUACAUUAGAGGAGCACUUACUAGUCUUUAUCAACAGUCUGUAGCCACCGGUAUAUUUAUUGGAUAUGUGGUUGACGCUAUCUUUGUUUAUGUUCCUGGAAAUAUUGGAUGGAGAGUUAUGCUUGGCUCUAGUAUGGUACCUGCCAUUGUUGAAGGGUGUGGUAUUAUAUUUCUUCCAGAAACUCCACGUUGGUUAAUCAAGAAAGGUUAUGAUGAAUAUGCUCUAAAUGUAUUGCUUUCAUUGAGAAGUACGAGAGAACAAGCGUUGAGAGACUUUGAAAUGGUAAAAGAUACCGUUUUAGAGGAAAGACAAGCAAGCGAGGGAAAGAAUUUGUAUCUGGAAACUAUUCGUGUUGCGAGUAAUAGACGUGCUUUGAUAGUUGGUAUUAUGCUUCAGUUGUUUCAACAGUUUUGUGGAAUGAAUACGAUCAUGUAUUAUGUUGAUUACACUUUUCACCAUAUGGUAGGCGUCUCUCGAAGAACUGCCGUAAUUGCCAGUAUGGUUGCUGGUUUUGCCAAUGCAGUUUUUACCAUUCCGGUUUAUUGGACUAUUGACAGUUAUGGGAGACGUAUAUUAAUGUUGUUUACAUUUCCUAUUAUGGUUGCUAUGCUUUUACUUGGAGGAUUUUCAUUCUUUGGUUCGCAGUGGCUCAACUUUACUCUUGUGAUAGUCUCUAUAGCCGUUUUUAUUGCUGCAUAUUCACCUGCAAAUGGUCCAGUUCCUUGGGUUGUUACUGCAGAAAUUUAUCCUUUAUAUAUUCGUUCGGAGUGUAUGAGCAUUUCUACUUUUUGUAAUUAUAUGUUCAACUUUGUCGUUUCAUUUUCUUGGCCAGAUAUGUUGGCAUCGAUGACAGCACAAGGAGCAUAUGGUUUCUAUGCUCUGACGACUACUAUUGGCUUUCUAUAUAUCUUUUUCUUUAUGCCUGAAACAAAAGGAUAUACUUUGGAACAAAUGAAAGUGGUUUUUGAGAAGAGUUCUUUUGAUAUUGCUCGUUAUCAUUGGAAGUGUUUGACUCGGAAUGCAAAGAGACUAUUCUGUUUGGGUGUUGAAGAAAGUCAUAUUCCAUCUCCUUAUGAUACUCCUUGGCCCGAAGAAUUGUGAUAUAUUUUAUGAUUCUUGCAAUAUUCAGCACAAAUUUCAAACGAAU